AUGGACCAUCUUUAUGAACUCGUUCCUGACGAAAGUCAAACCGAAUCCAAACUCCCUCAGGUUCAAAUUCCGUUCCUAUGCCAGUAUGAAUACGACAGCGAUUGCGAGUUUUCGGAUUAUCCCAGCCGCGCCGGAUUCGACAAGGACCGAUUCCUCAGACUUGAUUUCAGUGAGAGAUCGCCAGCGGAGACCGCCGCUUUUCUGCAAACAUGGCUGUAUUUUGGUCUUCUGAGUCGCGUCCUGCGUAUUCCGAUAUCGAUGGAGGAUUUCGUAAAUCGAGACCACCGAUCACCCACGGUGACCACACGGACGAGUCUGCCACUCUACCUGGAAAGGUGGUCGAAGAGAGCAAAGCCGAAACUUGUGGACCAGAUGGAGGCGGACAUAGAAGAGGCCAGAUCAUACGUGCAUUGUAUGCUGAAAGCUGGCGAGUCUUGCCCUUUGCCUCAAGAAGUCGUCCUUUCCAUUAUGAUCCUCGGGCCCACCCUGAGUUCAGCAAUUGAUUUGAAGAUUGAGAGAUUUCCUCCCAAAAACCACACAACCAUCGACGAUUGGGGAAUAUCACCUCUUGUCAAGGAUCGACUUCUGCGGCAGGGAUGGUGUAUCAAUGACAUACAGCGACUGUGCAGUACGAUCAGCGUACCAACCGCUCUAUUUGCCUCUUCCAUCCCAAGAAGGGAGGUGAUCCCGAACGAACAGCAUGGAUCCUGCCUUCCCCAUGCCUGCGUGGCCAGGAACAUUGAUGAAGCUACCUAUAAGACCCAACAUGUGGACCCGAAUUGUCCAUGCAGCCCAGUCAUGGCACCCCUUGACCAAGUCAAGGAUGUACUCCAAAAUGGCGACAUUCCUGUCAUUAUUAUCAAACCGGGCGCUGACAGCUCAACCCUUGAAUUGGAAGCGUCUUCAGAUCGCAAGGCACGUUACGUUGCAAUCUCCCAUGUGUGGGCAGAUGGCCUGGGAUGCACUGAAAAUUCCUUACCACAAUGUCAGCUCCUUCGUUUGCACAGUCUCUGCGAGGAAUUGUCUUCAGGAUCCACCAGAGUCUUUUCAUCUUUCAAGAAUCUUUUGCGAAAGUCUGAACAGCCGCUGGGUUUGUGGAUCGACACUCUUUGCGUGCCAAGGGAGAAACUGUUUCGUCGCUUGGCGAUAGCUCGAAUGAGUGCUACCUACGCGCGAGCAAAUAAAGUGGCUAUAUUGGAUUCUGAACUCCUCUCGUUCUCGAAAGGUCUUCCCGAAAGAGAGAUAUUGCUUCGAAUGGUCGGCAGUGGCUGGAUGCGACGAGUCUGGACAAUGCAAGAAGGUGCCCUAGGCUCAAAGGAUCUACACAUAAAACUGGUGGACGGAGUUGUGAGAUUCUCAGACGCAAUAGAGGCCCUCCGCAAAUCUGCCAAAACUCGCAGCCUUGCCACAUCCUUGGUCGACAGAGAUGCCACUAUCUUCUUUGAAGAGUUCGAUCAAUUGCGAAAAGCCCACUCCAAAAGCCACUGGCAAGACGGGGAGAGAGUUCCAGCUAUCGCAGCGUCUCUGCGAAUCUUGAAUGACCGGUCGACAACAAAAGAGGGCGAUGCAUAUAUUUGUCUCGCUGGGAUGAUGGCCCUGGAGAGCGACAUAAUCAGGGACCUCGAUGCAGCACCAGUCGAAGAACGGACAAGAAAGCUGCUCGCCAAUGUUCGGCUAUGGCCGAAAGCUAUCAUCUUCUCCCCGGGCGUUAAGCUCCAAGAAGAAGGAUAUCGCUGGGCCUGCACCUCGUUCUGGCGAUCAAAAUUUGCAUUUCGAGAAUUCAAUGAAACCGGUGAAAUUCGUGAAGGCUUGGGGCUCCGGGUCGAAUUUCAAGGUUUUGAGCUGGACCCUUUUGAUUUGCCCAAUGACCACUUUCUGUUCCAAUCGGUCCACACCAAGAUUUGGUACAAGGCCACCUACGAUCCAUCCUCCCGGCCAUUCCCUGAAUUGACGUCAACAGCACAACCACACAAGUUCGGCAUCAUCUGCCCGCAACGCGAAGUCGUCCGUCACGGCCCAGGCGGUACUCAAGUGCCUGCAGCACUGGUGUCCAUUCCGGCGAGAAAGUGGAGUCUGAAAGAACAGUUCACAGAAGAUGCCGGGGCAAUCCAUUGCGUCUACCUGUCACAAAUCAUGCUCUCGACGCCUACAGAAGCCGAUUUUCAACACAAUACACCUCGCGGUAGUGCCAGGAGACCCAAUAACACCAACGAACCUCGUGGCAUGAGUAUAGUGUACACACCGCAAAUUUGGUACAUCAAAUAG